AUGUUGGUAGACCUUCUGUCGCUGGUCUCUCUGGUGAUCGACCUCCAAAUUGACUCCAACCAGCUGCGGGGCCUCGGGGCCCUUCGUAUGCUCCGAGUCUUCACCCUGCUGCGGGUCGAGAGGGAUUGGAGAAUCUGCAAUCCAUUGAUCUCCGUGCUGGUCAAGGAGGCGAAGCUCUUGGGCGGCGCGGUCGCCAUUGCCAUGACCAUGCUCAUCUGUUGUUCAGUGAUCAUGUUCUACGUCGAGGCACCUUCGAAUCCCAAGUUUGGCAGUGUAGCCGACUGCCUGUGGUGGGGGACCACGGCCCUCACGACUGUGGGCUAUGGGGACCUGUACCCUGAGAGUGCCAUGGGCCGGCUGGUCGCAAGCAUCACGGCCUUCCUAGGAAUCGGCCUCUUCGCAUUGCCAGCUGGUAUCAUCACCACUGGCUUCCGACUGGAAGAGGAGCGGAGGCUUCAAAGGAAGCUAUCCGUGCCUCUGGACGAGGAGAUGUCUCCUUCCGACGGCGGGAUACAGGAUUUUCAGCUGGAGCUUCUUCGCGGCAUCCAGCGCUUGGAGAAAAAACUCGAGGGUCUGGAGCACAAACUGGAGGACAUGCAUGGCGAGAUUCAGACCCUCAAGACCGACAGGCACAAGGCCUAG